UAUGUGAAGGUUGCAUCUUCGGGAAACAAAGUAGAAAAACAUUUCCUGUAGGAAAAUCAUGGAGAACUGCCUAUUGUUUUGAUCUUGUACAUGCCGACCUAUAUGGACCAAUGAAGACCGAGUCACUUGGUGGGAGUCGGUAUUUUCUUCUAUUUACUGAUGAUUAUAGUUGUAUGAGUUGGGAUUAUUUUCUGAAUUUCAAAUCAGAGGCGUUUUAGAAAUUCAGGUUCAAGGCACUCGUGGAGAAGCAAACAGGCUGCUACAUUAAGGCUUUUCGCACAGACCGUGGUGGUGAAUUUUUAUCUAAUGAUUUUACUCUUUUUUGUGAAGAGAAUGGAAUUGGCAGGGAUCUUAGAAGACUGUACUCGGCACAAGAAAAUGGAGUCACCGAGCGAAAUAAUCAUACUGUGGUUAAUAUGGUUAGAAGCUUACUUAAUGCAAGGGGACUUCUUGUUCAUUUUUGGGGAGAAGCAGUGGCUGCAGCUGUGUACCUCUUAAACAUUCUCCAACCAAAUCCGUAUUAAAUCGAACUCCAUAUGAAGCAUGGACAGGACAGAAACCACGAGUAAGCCACUUGAAUGUUUUUGGUUGUAUAGCUUAUGCUUUGGUUAAUUUACUUUUAAGCUAGAUGAAAAAUUAUAGAAAUGUAUUUUCAUUGCGUAUAGUUCUCAAUCCAAAGCAUAUAGACUAUAUAAUCCUACUAGUUGCAUAGUGAUUAUCAGCAGAAAUAUUGUAUUUAAUGAAGAAUCAGCCUGGGAGUGGAACGACAAGGAAGAAGAUUCAGUCAUCCAAAUUCCAGCUCACGCGAAAGUAGGGCAUACAGGGAUACUUGAAAUAGCAAGUUCUGAUUUUUCCUCACCUGGCAGCAGCAAUACUGACCAUACUGCUCAUGGAAGUGGCAACAAUUCUACUCCACCAAGCUCUUGUUCACCACGUUCGGCAUCAUCCAGCUAGACGCCACCAACAAAGUUCCAGUCACUGCAAGAUGUUUAUGCAUCUGGUAGUUUUGCCCUAUUAGCUGCCAAACCGACAUGUUAUGAAGAAGAUGCAAAGCAACCAGAGUGGCAGGAUGCGAUGAUUGAAGAGAUUCAGGCUAUCGAGAAAAAUCAGACCUGCGAUCUAGUUGAUUUGUCGGAAGGGAAGAAUGUUAUCGGGCUAAAAUGGAUUUUCAAAACAAAGUACAAUGCUGAUGGAAGUGUCAAAAGGCAUAAAGCUCGACUUGUUCCAAAAGGAUACUCUCAACAACAAGGCAUCGACUUUGAUGAGACUUUCUCACCAGUAGCUCGCUUUGAAACGGCUUCAUUUUUAGGUGAAGGAAAGAGAAAAGUAUACAGAUUGAAGAAGGCAUUGUACGGAUUAAAGCAAGCACCACGGGCAUGGUAUAGCAAAAUUGACUCUUUUUUUUUAAGAGCAGCAAUUCAGGAAAAGUGAAAAUGAACCUACUUUUAUGUGAAGAAGCGAGGUAAUAGUGACUUUCUAGUUGUCUGUCUUUAUGUCGAUGAUAUUAGAUAUAUGGGCUAUUGUGAAUCUAUUGUUUCUAACUUUAAGAAUUGCAUGAUGAGUAAAUUUGAGAUGUCCGACUUGGGUAUGCUGCAUUAUUUUCGUAGGAUUGGUACUCGAUGAUGGUAUAGGUGCAACAAAUGCUUUUUAUUGUAGAAGCUUGGUUGGUGGUCUAAACUACUUAUCGCACACAAGGCCUGAUAUAACAUUUUCUGUUAGUUUGAUUUCAAGGUUUAUGAAUAGUCCUUCAAAGAAACACCUAGGUGCAGCCAAGAGGAUCUUGCGAUAUGUUGCUGGCACAACAAGUCACGGAAUUUGGUACUCAAAAGUAUCAAGUUUCAGAUUAAUUGACUUUACUGAUAGCGAUUGGGAAGGUAGCUUAGAUGAUCGCAGGAGCACAUCUGGGAAUGAAUUUAGUCU